UGGGAGGGGCUUCACAGCCCGCUACAAAUACUUCGUUGCACGUUACUAUUGUAGAUUUAACGUAUAUCGCUUUCGACGUCCUCGUAACUGUCAAAGUUAACUGCUUAUCAUUAACUAGAAGUAAACAGACGUCCCGGCAGCUCUUUUGUAACUUAGCAACUUUAGUAACUAGUGAGGACGAACUAAACAUCCCUUCGCCGUUAGUUGAGUUGCACGUCUACAACCCUGAAGAAAGUUCUUCCACUUUUGAACGACACAAAGAGAGAGCAGCGGGGAAGGAGAAGACGGGGGGAGCAGCUCUCAUUAUACAGCCGGUGAACGGCUAGAAAAUCCCGUUAGGAGUUGUGUUUUUUUUCAUUAUUUUUUUAGGCUGAAAUUAACGUCUCCAUCCAUCUUCCUCCGUGAGUCUCCUGCACCUGCAGUCAUGACAAGAAGAUCCUGCGCGAUAUAUGCGGUCGGGGUCACCUGUGCCGCCCUGCUGAUAGUUGGGAUUGGCUUAGUUUUGGGUCAAGUUUUUACCACGUUAAUGCACAACCGCCUCAAAAAGGAGCUUGUUUUGGUUGAGGGCAGCCGCGUGUUUGAGUCCUGGAAGAGGCCCCCUCCUCCUGUCUACAUGCAGUAUUUCUUCUUCAAUAUGACCAACGUGAAUGAGUUCCUUCGAGGGGCCAAGCCACAGGUCAACCAGAUUGGACCCUACACAUAUAGGGAGUACAGGUAUAAGGACAAUGUGAGCAUGGUGGAAAAUGGAACAAGGGUGUCUGCAUACAACACAAAAAGCUUUGUGUUCCUGAGGGAGAAGUCUGUCGGUGACCCAGCUGUUGACAACAUCACCACUGUCAACAUCCCUGCUUGGGCCGUAAUGACUAAGGUGAAAGGGAGUUUCUGGAAGUCCUCCUUGGUGUCCCUCACGAUGAACUCUGUUGGGAGCGGCCUCUUCACUACUCGCACUGUGGAUGAGUUGCUGUGGGGCUACGAAGACCCCCUGCUGCGAUCCGUUGCCUCCACCAAUCCUGAAGUGGAGACGACCUUUGGUCUCAUGUACAAGAAAAAUGGAAGUAACGAUGGGGAAUUUAUCUACCACACUGGUGAGCAGAACUACAUGGAUUAUGGCCGGGUCGAAACGUGGAAAGGUCAAAGGCAGCUGGACUUCUGGACGACCAACCAGAGCAACAGCAUCAAUGGAUCAGAUGGAAGUGCUUUCCAUCCCCUGCUGAACAAGAAUGAGCGCAUUUACAUAUUCACUCCAGACCUCUGCAGGUCGAUCUACAUGGAGUUUGAGAAAGACGUAGAAGUGAAAGGAAUCCCAGCCUACCGCUUCACACCACCACGCUCUGUUCUGGCCAGCAAAGAGGAGAACCCAGCCAAUGAGGGCUUCUGCGUCACCCCACAGGAGUGCCUGGGAACUGGCCUUCUUAAAGUCAGCCCCUGUCGGAAAGGUGCCCCAGUGGUGGCCUCCUUUCCUCAUUUCUACCUGGGAGAUGCUAAAUAUGCAGCUGCCAUAGGACUGUCCCCUCAAAGAAAGCAUCACCAAACUUUCCUAGACCUCAACCCGACCACUGGAGUGAUUGUACGUGCAAGCAAGAGAGCACAGAUUAAUGUCUUGCUCAGUAGAGUCUCUGGAUUCCCGUCAACAAGAGGCUUGAAUGAGACAGUCUUUCCUGUCAUGUUUCUCAAUGAGAGUGUGGUGAUUGAUGAUGUGUCUGCAGCAAAAAUUCAGAAGCUGCUGCUGAUCGUCACCAUUGUGUCCAACUUCCCGCUCAUUAUUGUGGGACUUGGUGGCAUUAUGCUCCUCAUCUUUAUCAUUCUCCUCAUCCGUGCCCGCAAACAGAAGAAUGAAGUAAAGCGCAUUGUGUUUACCAAGCCUGUCUAUGCUACCACUGCUGAAGAUGACACUUCUUACUCUCCAGUCAGCGACAAGGAAAAGGACGAUCCCCAAAAUGGAACCUAUAUUGGUUUGACACCUAAAUCCGACCCACAAGCUUGAAGAGAAGGGAGGAAAGGGACAGGAAGGGGCUUUGUACAUCGACAACCCUUUGAAUUACAAAUAGGGAUUUGGGUUUUCAGGAGAAAAAGAUCCAUCAUAGAAAAUUGUUAAUAUCCCCGUUAUAAUUGGAAAUCUGUUUGUUUUAAUGUUUUACCCCGGGGGAGGUUUGCGUAGGGGCAGAGGGGAGGAAAUAGUUUUUGGUCUCAAAUAUAGUGUAUUGUAUUAUUUUGUUUUUGUCAUUAAGAGCUACCCAAAGUCCAAGUCUAUCACGCUGGAUUGACCGGAAAAGUUUGACAUUCAUUUGAAAACCUUGCGUGUUUCAAGGGCUGUUUGGCUCUAAUCGGAUUCAAUCAAAUUUUCAAAUCAAACAGGCUGCAGUUCUCUAAUGACUAGAGAUGGAGAGCACACGUUCUGGUGGUCCUAAACAAAACACCCUGAUAACUCAAAGAGGUUUGGGAUAAUUUUAUUUUUAUGCUGUGGCCCCACCUCUCGCUCUGUUCGGCUAGAUUAGAUUCUGACCUCUUUUUGAACUCAGUGCUUUCAGAUAACAGCGACUGACUACUAUAUAUCAGGGCGUAGAGGGUGAUUUGGGACCAGGGUAAUGAAGUUUUUUAGACAUCAUACAUCACUCUCAGGGGGGCCUCUGUUUAGAUAUUAUCAAACAUUAUUAUCGCAGCAGAGAAAAGCAACAUUUACAGCAAGUCUUCUGUUUUUGAAGACAUUUAAAUCUGUUCAGUAUUAUUAUGUUUCAUUUACAUUUCAACCUAAACUAAAUGUUACAAAACAUUUUCAUGGCUCAUUAUUUUUCAAUCCAUGCACUGUAUUUUAGAGGGAGGCCUGUGCACAUCAUUGAAAAAUCUUUAGAGUAUGGCAUAUUUUUGUAUAGAUAUGUUGAACUGCUUACAUUCCUCUCAAUGUAUGACGGGGGUGAAUAUCUGACAUAACGCUGUAUAUUUUGGAGACCUUAUUUUUUGUAAAAUAAGAGGUCCUCACCAUUUUUUUUGUGAAUGUUCAUGUUGAAAUGUUCGAAUGAAGAACAUUUUUAGUUCCCAAAUGUGCCAUAAUGAGCUACGCUUUUUUCAGCCAUCUACAUUUAGCCCUGAAUAUGACAGGACUUGACAGUUUAACAUUGAUUCAUACUUUAUUGACUUUUUGUGUUGACAGUAUUUUUGCACUGUGUAAUAGCUUAUCCUAACUGACAUUCAACAUUUAUUUCAGCUUAUUAUCAAAUCAAAAUGUGCUCUGGCAUAGAAUCAAAUCAGUUCUUGGAUUUGCUGUUCGUUUUUUUACAUCAUAGUAGAGUUUUGAUGUUGUUGAAGGCCUUUCUAGUAUUGUUGGUGCUGACACACAGUAAGGCUUUUGUUUUUCAAUUUAUCUGAACUGCUUGUGAAAGACUUUCAGAGAUUGUAUGUCAGGGGUCCAACCAGUGCAACUCAAAACCCAUGAUGGUUCAAUCCUAAGAAAUGCUGUAGUUGAGCCUUUAAAUGAAUCAAUGUUACUGGAUUUUUUUAAAGUAUUGUAUAUGUUUCACGUAUUUUGUGAAAAGAACGCCAUGUCAUACCACCAAAUCUACUCUUAAGUGGAUACCUUUUUUUUUUUUCUACAGCUACCAAACAAAAACUGAGCAUGAAACACGUUGAGGUUGAUAGUUUUUGUAUAGCCGGCAGGGUCAAACUGCACUGUGAAGAAGCUCUGCUGAAUGAUCGAUUUUUUUUUUGUACGGGGCUACAGCUUUCUCACUCAAGGCUGUUUAAAAUAUUACAUUUCAGGUGUCAUAGCAGCAUGUGUCUCUAUAGACUCAUUUACUGUGAUGUAGAAUUUGCUGCAGAAUAACUAAAAUCGAACACUGUUGAGCCCGGCUUUUUUCUGCUGUUAUUCAUAGUUUUAACAUUUUAAGGGUGACUCAGUUACUUCAUACCACCUCUUUGUUACAUUCACUGUUGCAUUGAAUAUAUCAGAAAUUUAUGGAGAGGUUGUUUCAUUUAGAGAUUUUUUGCUUCCUCAUUUGAUUUGUGUUUGAUGUAUACUUUAAUUCAAUUAUUAAAAAAGUAAUUAAAAUAGUGAAGAUUCAUGGAGAGUGCAUCAUGUAGUCUUAUAAAUUUGUGAGAGGGUGAAUGAAUGGAUAAAUCAAUAAUUGUUUUGAUGCAAAAAAACAACACAGUAUUACACAAUAUUAUAUUAGUGUAGAGGUUAAAGAGGAUAAAUUAUUUUGUUGUUGAUAAAACCAAAACACGGAGAGCACCAUAUGGACUUUACACUGGGCUGCGUUGUGCCAUACUUUGAUUACAGAUUGUACUUUCUAAAAUUAUCAUUAUUGCUAUAACCACAUAUUCUUCUAAUUGUCACUUGUUUUGAAUGUUGACUGUUAAUGUUGUUUUUACUGUGUACACAAAAAUAAAAUUAGUUUCAGUA